UGCAUACAUAAAUUGAUAUUAUGCAAAAUUAUUAUAAUAAAAUUUAUUAUAUAUAUAUACUAAUCAUAUGGUAAAAUUUUUCUUAAUAUUUUUCUCAACUCUCAAGUCCUAACCAUAAAGGGUUAAAAAGUCACCACCUUUUUCGACUGUUUGCAAUUUCCCACCAAAGAACAAUGGCGAUCAUUUUCAAGAACUCUUCUUCGCCUUCCAAGGAUUCAACAAGAACCCAUCAAAAGAUUGCUGCUCUCUUUAUCUUUUUCACCCUGACAACACUUCUCCUAGCUUCUUUCUUCAGAGAAUCCUUUCUUGAUUCCAGAGAAAAACAAGGAUUAUCAGACCCUGCUGCCUCUGCAACUCCGACUCCAAUUCCACAUCCUAUUAUCAGAACGGCUUGUUCAAGAACUCUCUACCCUUCUUUGUGCUUCAAUACUCUCUCCUCCAUUCCCAUUUCCAAGAAUUUCAUUACUUUACGCUAUAUUCUUGAAUUCACCAUGGAUGCAGCUGAGAAAUCUGCAGCCAGAGCAAGAACCCACGUUUUGGGGUUCUUCACGUUUCAGGAUUUGAUUUCCCAGGAAAAAAAUGCGUUAAAUGAUUGUGUGGAAAUGUUAGAUCAAACCCUUUAUGAACUUGGACUAGCCAUGGAUGAUCUGCACGCUUUCCCUGCAUCCAUUGGUCAUCUCCAUUUACUGUAUGCUAAUAUCAAGACCUUGCUUAGUGCAGCCAUGACGAAUCAGCAUACAUGCAUUGAUGGGUUCUCUGAUUUGGAUGAAUCUGCUUUUGAGAAUCGUAAAGAUCUUAAAGUGAAGCUUCAUCACUUGUUUGCCCCAAUAACUCGUACGAUUAGCAAUUGUUUGUCCAUCAUCACAUACAUGGAAGCCAUAAACGAGAGUAGAAUCAUGAAUGAUCACCAGAUGUUUGUUAAAAAGAUUUCACCAAAUCGGUUUCCAGCAUGGAUAUCAUCUAGUGACAGGAUUUUAAUGGAAAGAAGGCGAAAUAUGAAGCCUAACAUUACUGUUGCUAGUGAUGGAAGUGGUGACUAUCGCCUGAUUGCUGAGGCCAUAAAGAUGGCACCAGAAAGAAGCAAGAACAGGUUUGUGAUCAAGAUCAAGGCUGGAGUGUACAAUGAAAAUGUGAAAAUUACCAGAGAGAAGAUCAACAUCAUGCUGAUAGGCGAUGGAAUGACCAAAACCAUAAUCAAAGGGUCUAAAAAUUUUGUUGAUGGGUUCUCCACCUUUGAUUCUGCUACCUUAACUGUAGCAGGGGACAAAUUCCUAGCCAGGGACUUGACAAUAAUCAACACAUCAGGUCCACAAAAAUAUCAAGCAGUUGCUGCAAGAGUGACCUCUAACUCUGCCUUUUAUAGAUGCAACUUCAGCUCGUAUCAAGAUGCACUGUUUGCUCAUUCACUUCGCCAAUUCUACCGUGAAUGUACAAUCCAAGGUACAAUUGACUUCAUUUUUGGAAAUGCAGCAGCAAUUUUCCAGAACUGUUUGAUACUUGUUCGCAAACCAAUCCCUGGUCAAAGCAAUAUGAUCACUGCUCAAGGCAGAAGAGACCCAAAUCAGAACACUGGUUUUUCAUUGCAAAAUUGCACAAUUCUUGCUGCACCAGAUUUGAAAUCAGCUAAAAGGCAACAUAUUUCAACUUUCUUGGGCAGGCCUUGGGGAAACCACUCAAGGACUGUGGUGAUGAAGAGUUAUUUAGGGGACCUGAUACAUCCGCAGGGCUGGUACACAUGGGAUAAUUACAGCAGUUUAGAUACAGUGGAGUAUAUUGAGCACUUGAACUAUGGACCAGGCUCCAACACAAGGCAUAGAGUUACUUGGAAAGGCUAUAAGAAGAACUGCAGUGAAGAAAAAGCAAGGCAGUUUACUGUGGGCAAAUUCUUGCACGAAGCUGAUCAUUGGUUAGAGUCUACAGGAUUUCCACUUUUUACUGGUUCAUAAUGAAUAUCAGAUUUUGCAAGAUAGAAAUGGUAUGCACAUAUGAGAUUUUACUGCAUAUUUUUGUAUGAAAAGUUUCAGUGUUGAAUCACCUAUGAACUCACUCCAGCAUAGCACCGACCACAUCCAUGAAGUAUCAUCUCAUUCUGACGACAGAGCUACGACAACCACUGGCCGCGAAAGAAGAAGGAAAACUAACAAUCCAAAAUUCCGAAGAUAACCCAUCUAAACAACAUGCGAUUCACAACACAAACAAACACCAAAAUCAAAGAUAGAAAACAGAAAUAAAAAACCUUCAGACAGGGGAACAACGAUUUCACUAUGCUCUCUCUCUCGGCAUGCUUAUCUUAUUACCAUCCACAACCAUUUCUUACCAUUUUGGUUUGUAAUUACCUCACCUUCCAUUUCCUACUUUUUCAGUUUGCGAAAAACUUAUAUUUUGGUUUGUAAUAAAAAUCUCAACUUACAAAAAAAAAAUUAUAGGCAUGAUUCAUGAUUAAAACGACACAAGAACAAGGCUUUUCUUCUUUUUCAUGAUCACGUGU